AUGGGGCAGCCACGCGUGCCCGGGGGCGUGACGUCACGGAGGCGCGCUGGCCAAUGGACGCGGAGGCCCGCUGCGCCGGGGAAUUCCGCCGCCCCGCCCCCGCCCUCCCGCCCCAGCCCAGCCCGGCCCGGCCCGGCCCGGCUCGGCGCCCCCCAACAACCCCGGGGCGCUGCGCGUCCAGCCCGGGCGGCCUUCACCCGCGGCCCUCCCCCGCGACGAAAAAAAGCCCGUGCUCCUCUCUCGUCUCCCGGGCCGCGAUCGUCCUUCCAGCGCCGGCUGCGCGGCCCGCCCCCCUCCGGAGUGAGCGAGCCGGCCUUCGCGCCGUCCGUCCCCGCUGGCCGGGCCAUGCCGAGUCGCCGCGUCGCCAGAGCGUCCGCCGCGCCCGAGCUGGGGGCCUUGGGGUCUGGAGGUGACCUCUCCUCACUCUCCUUGCAUGUUUCCAGGACCACAGAUGAACUGGAAAUCAUCGAUGAGUACAUUAAGGAGAACGGCUUCGGCCUGGACGGGGCUCCGCAGGGCCCUGGCGACCUGCCCCGCCUGGUGUCCCGCGGGCUGGCCUCGCUGAGCACCGUCACCCUGGGCCCCGCGGCGCCCGCCUCCCCGGCCUCGCCCCCUCCCUGGGGCUGCACGCUGGGCCGCUUGGUGUCCCCGGGGCCCGGGCCCAGCCCGAGGCCGCACCUGGUCAUCACGGAGCAGCCGAAGCAGAGAGGGAUGCGCUUCCGCUACGAGUGCGAGGGCCGCUCGGCCGGCAGCAUCCUCGGCGAGAGCAGCACCGAGGCCAGCAAGACGCUGCCUGCCAUCGAGCUCCGGGACUGUGGCGGGCUGCGGGAGGUGGAGGUGACCGCGUGCCUGGUGUGGAAGGACUGGCCGCACCGGGUGCACCCGCAUAGCCUCGUGGGGAAAGACUGCGCCGACGGCAUCUGCAGGGUGCGCCUGAGGCCUCAUGUCAGCCCCCGGCACAGCUUUAACAACCUGGGCAUUCAGUGUGUUCGCAAGAAGGAAAUCGAAUCUGCCAUAGAACGCAAGGUGCAGCUGGGCAUCGACCCCUACAAUGCUGGCUCUCUGAAGAACCAUCAGGAGGUGGACAUGAAUGUCGUGCGGAUCUGCUUCCAGGCCUCCUAUCGGGACCAGCAGGGACAGUUGCGUCGAAUGGACCCCGUGCUGUCCGAGCCUGUCUAUGACAAGAAGUCAACAAACACGUCUGAGCUGCGCAUUUGCCGGAUCAACAAGGAGAGCGGGCCCUGUACCGGAGGCGAGGAGCUGUACCUGCUGUGCGACAAGGUGCAGAAAGAAGACAUCUCCGUGGUGUUCAGCACAGCCUCCUGGGAAGGUCGGGCUGACUUCUCCCAGGCUGAUGUGCACCGGCAGAUCGCCAUAGUGUUCAAGACGCCCCCCUACGAGGACCUGGAGAUCUCAGAGCCUGUGACAGUAAACGUCUUCCUGCAAAGGCUCACGGAUGGCGUCUGCAGUGAGCCGCUGCCCUUCACGUAUCUGCCUCGGGACCACGACAGCUAUGGUGUGGACAAGAAGCGGAAGCGGGGAUUGCCGGAUGUCCUUGGGGAGCUGAGCAGCUCAGACCCGCAUGGCAUUGAAAGCAAGCGGCGGAAGAAGAAGCCCGUCUUCCUGGACCACUUCCUGCCCGGCCACGGCUCAGGUCUGUUCCUCCCUCCGUCAGCUCUGCAGUCGGACACCGACUUCUUCCCUAGCACCGUGUCCCUUCCUGGCCUGGAGUCCCCUGGCGGGGGACCUGAACUCCUGGACGAUGGCUUUGCCUACGACCCUUCAGCUCCCACGCUGUUCACCAUGUUGGACCUACUGCCCCCAGCACCACCACUUGUGAGCGCUGUGGUGGGCAGCGGGGGUCCAGGGUCCACAGCGGUGGAGUCUCCCGGUCCCGAACCACUCACUCUGGACACAUCAUACUCGGUGCCAGCCCUGGGCGACGGUGGCACCGCCAGCCUCGUGGGCAGCAACAUGUUCCCUAAUCAGUACCGCGAGGCAGCCUUUGGAGGUGGCCUCCUGUCCCCAGGGCCUGAAGCCACGUAGCCUCGGCGUGGCCAGGAGAAGCACUGGGUGAGGAAGGUUGGUGUGAUUCCCCCACGUGGAGGAGGGGGCAGCACUCCAUUCCCCUGCGGCCACCCUUGGUCAGUCUUCCUGCCUCCUCCUCGUGAACGGGACGUCUGUGCAGCUCUGGAGAGUAGCUGGAAGGAGGGAGGGAGAGAGGGAGCUGCUCUCCUUGAGUCCAUUCUACAGAUGAGAAAAGGAAAGGGGGCUACCGACCAGCACGCGGGCGCCUCUCCCUCCACGCGGGACAGAUCCGGAAAGAUGUAUAUAUUGGCAGGAGGGGACAGAUCCCCGUCCUUUUCCCCAGUUCUGAAGGUGGGGUUAGGUUGUUCGGUUUUCUCAAUAAUAAAGAGUUGUUUUCUUUUU